GGGUUUGUCCGGUCAAACACACACACUCACACACUCUCACACAGAGACUGUCAUCUCACCGCAGUUGUGCGCAGACUGGGGGAAUUAAGGAAAUACCGGAGGAGCAGAAGAAGAGGGAGGUGAAGGAGACGAAGAAGAAGAAGGAGACGGAGGAGGACGACGCAGCCUUUCACGCAAACUGAAACUUUGAGCGAUGGAGAAUUUUUCCAGCAUCAACCGGUUUCGUUCCGCAGUGUUCAACCACGACGAUGAGGACCAGGACAAGGAAUACGUUGGUUUUGCCACGUUGCCAAACCAGGUGCAUCGCAAGUCCGUCAAGAAGGGAUUUGACUUCACACUCAUGGUGGCAGGGGAGUCUGGCCUGGGAAAGUCCACUCUGGUCAACAGCCUGUUUCUCACAGAUCUUUACAAAGAUAGGAAACUGCUCAACGCUGAAGAGCGAAUCACACAAACUGUAGAAAUCACCAAACACACGGUGGAUAUAGAAGAGAAAGGUGUGAAACUCAAACUCACCAUCGUGGACACGCCUGGGUUUGGAGACGCUGUAAACAACACUGAAUGCUGGAAGUCGGUGACUGACUACAUCGACCAGCAGUUCGAGCAAUACUUCAGGGACGAGAGUGGCCUCAACCGCAAGAACAUCCAGGACAACCGCGUGCACUGCUGCCUGUACUUCAUCUCACCCUUCGGUCAUGGCCUUCGACCUUUGGAUGUGGAAUUUAUGAAAGCUCUGCAUGAGAAGGUCAACAUCGUCCCUAUUUUGGCCAAAGCUGACACACUCACCCCGAGUGAGGUGAAGAAAAAGAAAUACAAGAUCAGAGAGGAGAUUGAGCAGUACGGUAUCAAGAUUUACCAGUUUCCUGACUGUGACUCUGACGAAGACGAGGACUUUAAGCAGCAGGACCACGAACUGAAGGAAAGUAUUCCCUUCGCUGUAAUCGGCAGCAACACAGUGGUGGAGGCCAAAGGGAAGAGGGUGAGGGGCCGCCUGUAUCCCUGGGGCAUCGUAGAAGUGGAGAACUCGGCGCACUGUGACUUUGUGAAGCUGAGGAACAUGCUCGUCCGCUCGCACAUGCAAGAUCUGAAGGACGUGACCCGGGAGACCCACUACGAGAACUACAGAGCCCAGUGCAUCCAGAGCAUGACCCGCAUGGUGGUGAAGGAACGCAACCGCAACAAACUAACCCGGGAGAGUGGCACAGACUUCCCCAUCCCCGCAUUGACUGGGGGGAUGGACAGCGAGACGGAAAAACUCAUCCGAGAGAAAGAUGAGGAGCUGCGGCGGAUGCAGGAGAUGCUGCUGAGGAUCCAGGAUCAGAUGCACUCUCAGAAAGAUGCCUAUUAACACAGGACACCUGUCACACCACGGUCUGACAUUCACUGCACCGCUGCUGCAAAACACUCCACCCUCCUCCACUCUGCUGUUUUCUGUCAAAAAGAAUGAAAUGAUUAAAAAUGGCCAGAUCUGAUGUUUGUUUGAAUGAAUCAGUGUUUAGUUUGAGGGUUAGUUCACGUAUCUGAACUUUAUUUAGCCACAUGAUCGCAGGGGUUUUGUUUGACAUUUUUUUUUUACAUGAGGUCUUAUAUGAGGUUUACAUCAUCAAAGACUGGUGACCUGCUCAGAUUUUUUUAUAAGCACGCUUUCCUGGUGCAAGUGUUUAUUUUUUAAUUAUAAAGGUCAACAUGCAUAUAUAUAUAUAUGUGUAUAUAUAUACUGUCAUAAUUUAAUUUUCUAUAAUACACCUUUUUUCUACGUUUUUUCAUCUUUUACUGUGCAUGUCUCUAGUUUUGAUUUAACUACACCUCACAGCACUGCUUGACAUGAUGUAUAGAUGAAUGUUUUAUGUAGCAGUUGAUUUGGUCUAAACUUAUUAUGAUGAUUCUUUCAUUGAUAUUUGAAGCUUUGUCCGUUUUCAGCAUGGCUGCUCGAUGUCAGCCACAACUCACAUAAGAAUCCAAUUUUGGUUAUUGAUCGCCAUAUCUUCAUUUGAAAUAAUCCAGAUUUUUAGACGACAGAGGACAUCCUUUAUUAUUAUUAUUUCUAUUUGGAAAUAUCCCCAAAUCAAAGUUGUUUCAGAGUCGUUCAUCUCAUACAUGUUUGACCCGUUUCAUCAGGUCACAUGAGUGAGCUGAUGACUCGUCAGUGGUCAGAGAUGAUCUGGAGUUUAAAAAGACAAGACCCUUGAUUUUGCAUGAGCUGGUUGUCUAAGGGGUUCGCACCAGAGUCCAUGCAGUGUAUUUAUUUUUGCAUGUGUUUUGUGAAGGUUACUCAGAAUGCAGAUCAGUGUAGUGAUCAUAGGGUUAUUUAUGGGCAAGGAAAGUAUGUACUGUCUGGGGGAAAUUGUUUUGGUUGGUUUAAAUUAUGUCCUCACUUCAUGGGACCUUGAACAUGCGCUUACUUUAACGUUUAUAACCAAAGCCAACAACGACAAACUUCAUUGUCCUAAAUGUUUCCUUUUCAAAGAGUGGGUUUUGUUUUAUUUUGACAUGAAGAAUAUUGUUGUGGAAUAACUUAUCAAAGGCAAGAGUGACGGAACUCUGAUGAUUCUGCCAUGUAGUGUACCCUUGGUUUACAAAGAAAAGAAAAAAACAUUCCUUGAGCUUCUGUCCCUGAGUCAGGUAUUAGUUAUUUUCCUUUAUUUUUUUCUUAAUUGAGUUGUUUUAUAUUUGACUUUUUUGUUAUUCUACUCUUGGAGUAUUUAUGUAAUAAAUUUAAAAAAUGAAAUACAUAUGAAGAGGACGAUAUGUACAAAUUCUAAUAUUGUAAUAAAAUUCAAAAAUGA